AUGGCUCCCCUCCGCUCGGCUGUACGUCCCGCGCAGAAUACUCCCCUGUUGAGAAGAGCCUUCUCGUCCUCCUUGCGACGGGACGCUACAUGGGGGUUUAUAGGAUUGGGGCAAAUGGGUUUCUUCAUGGCGAAGAACCUUCGCGCCAAGAUCCCCGCGGAGGAUACCUUGAUUAUACGGGAUGUGAAUGAGGAGAGUACAGCUAGGUUUGUUAGCGAGACUAGCGAGGUAGCCAAGAGUAGUGGGGCAGGGGACAAGGUUGUGAUAGCUCAGACGGCGAGAGAACUUGCCGAAAGGUCGACAGUGAUAAUAACCAGCCUCCCGGGUCCGCAGCACGCCAAGGAUGUCUACCAUUCCAUGCUCCGGCAGGGCGAACUACCCGCCCUGGAACAAGAACGAUUGUUCAUCGAUACAUCCACGAUUGACCCUGCCUCGUCCAAGGAGAUUGCGAACGCAAUACACACAACCGGUCAAGGCCGAUUCGUGGAUGCACCGGUUUCCGGAGGAGUGGUCGGUGCUCGAGCCGGAACGCUGUCUUUCAUGUUUGGAGCCUCUUCCCAGACCGGCCAACUUCUCGACCGCGUGAGAUCGGUGCUGGCUCACAUGGGGAAGAAGUCAUGGCAUAUGGGUGCCCCCGGAGCGGGUGUCUCGGGGAAACUGGCCAAUAACUAUAUUCUGGCUAUAAAUAACAUUGCGACGGCUGAGGCGAUGAACCUCGGGAUUCGCUGGGGCUUGGAUCCCAAGGCAUUGGCCGAGUUGGUCAACUCGUCCACUGGUCGGUGCUGGCCCAUGGAGGUUAAUAACCCUGUCCCUGGUGUGGUCGAGACAGCGCCGGCGUCUCGGGGGUAUGAGGGUGGAUUCGGGGUUAGUCUCAUGAACAAAGACCUUCGGUUGGCUAUCACGGCUGCAGAGGAGUCGCAGACUCAUCUGGCGCUGGCAGACAAGGCGCGUGGGGUGUACAAUGCUGUCGAGGAAGAGCAUCGAGGGAAGGACUUCUCUGUGGUAUACAAGUGGCUGCAAGACCAUUCGCAUUAG